AUGCCUAAAUCUCCCCAUUAUAAGAAUCCUUUAGCCCCUAGCCCUCUAUUUACCUCCCCCUCUAAGGCGUACAUAGAGCACCUAAGCUACCCUAGUGAAAAGAUUUUCUAUAAUAAUAAGGGUCUUAUUAUUAUAGACCUAUUACGAGAGCCUAGUAAGAAGGGCCUAGAGAGGGUAGGGUACUAG